ACUUGUAAAAAUGGCAAAACAAAUGGAUAAAAGGAGGCAGAGGGAGGGAAAGCGGUGGAAAUGGCGUCCACAUCUCUGUUACCUAUCAAUGGUGGUUAUCCUCUCUCCACCCAUUGCUCAUUCAUUCCCACUCACCGUCCUUCUUCAACGAUUUCCCAGUGGGGGUGGAGAAGAUAUGAAGAUGCAAACAUAGUUGUGUACAGAACCAGGAGUCGAGCAUUUCAAGUUUUGGCCAAUCCUAAUGUGUCUCCAAAUAAGGGAGACUUUAAUAGGAAGGUGAUCAUGGUUGAUCCUUUGGAAGCCAAGCGGUUAGCUGCAAAACAAAUGGAACAAAUAAAAGCAAAAGAGAAAUUCAAGAGACAACGUCAAAUUGAAGCAAUUAAUGGAGCAUGGGCUAUGAUUGGCCUUACAGCAGGCUUAGUCAUUGAAGGUCAUACUGGAAAAGGCAUACUAGCACAGUUGGCUGGCUACUGGAGCAUCAUUGUCAAUUUUUUUGUUCGGUAGAAACCAUGUCAUAUAGUUAUGUCAACAUUUGUGUACGGUUAUAAUUUAGGGAAUUCAAGAUUCAUUUCUUGUAUCAUUCUUGAAAUUUUUAUUUGUUAUAUCUUGCAAAAGAAAUGCUCCAUCUGCUUGGAUGCAGUGUGGCAUUCACUUUGUACUAUUAUGCAGCUUUACACUGAACUGUAAAAUUUUUUGACAUUCAUUCACUUGGGAAUCAAUGUCUUGUAAUAUUUUUGGAAUGGCAAAA